AUGGCCCAAUUUGAACGCUCGGCUGGCGGGAUUCUUUCAGAUCGAGGCCGCGCCCUUGAGCCGAAAGUUCCCGUGUUCUUCGAUGUCUUGAACAAUCUCUGGGAUCCGGAAGCGAAUCCGGAUGGGAUAGUCAAUCUUGGUCUGGCAGAGAAUGCUCUGAUGCAAGCUGAGAUGAAGCAAUUCAUCAACUCCCAGCCUCCGGUUAAAAGCCAUGCCCUGACAUACGGCGACGGAUUCUCCGGUUCGAAGAAACUAAAGGAUAGUGUCUGUCAUUUCCUCAACCAGCAUUUCAAGCCGUUCACCCCCUUGCUUCCGGAGCAUCUGUGCAUUACAUCUGGGGCAAGUAACGCGCUUGAGAAUUGUGCUUGGGGGCUGUGUGAUCCCGGGGAUUAUAUUCUUGUUGGGCGGCCGUAUUGGACAACCUUCCGGACCAUCUUUGGGAAUCGAGCUGGUGUUAAUAUGCUUGAUGUCUCACUACAGGGCCUCGAUCCAAUGGGUCUGGAGGCAGUUGACAGAUUCGAAGCGGCAUUAAACCAGGCCAGAGAAGAAGGGAAAAGAAUCAGUGCUAUCUUGCUAUGCUCGCCCAACAAUCCGCUGGGCCGGUGCUACCCAGAAGACGUCCUCAAGGCGUACAUGAAACUUUGCCAGAAACUCGACCUCCAUCUGCUAUCAGAUGAGCUGUACGGGAUUUCCGUCUGGGAUAACCCAGGGAUGAAACAUCCGACACCGUUCACCUCGGUAAUCGCUAUCAACACGGAGAAACUGAUUGAUCCACGCAGGAUCCAUGCUGUUUGGGGCUUAAGCAAAGACUUUGGCGCAACCGGCCUCCGAAUCGGCGUUUUAAUCAGCCAGGCGAACAAAAGGUUUCUCGCCGCAUGUGAAAGCAUCUCACUCAUGAACUUCCCAUCCAGCAUGGCAGACAGCAUCGCCGCCUCCCUCCUGAGUAACGAUUCAUUCCUCGAUACCUAUAUCUCCGAGUAUCGGAGCCGGCUAUCACGGAAUUACCAACACGUAACCAGUUUUCUCCGAGACCACGGCAUCCCAUAUGAGCAGUCGAAUGCGGCCCUGUUUGUGUGGACGAGGCUCGGCGAUGUGAUGAAGGGGCAGGACGAUGACACGAUCUUGCGUCGACUGCGUGAAGAGAAGGUUUAUCUUACGUCUGGGGCGACUUCUGCUGCUGAAGAGUCGGGCUGGUUUCGGAUUGUUAUGGCCCAUCCACGGGAUGUUUUGGAUGAGGGACUGACCAGGUUAUUGAGGGUUAUAAACAACACAGUAUAA